GCGGCGGCCGCAUGGGCGGACUGCAGCGGUGGUGCCGGCGCUGUUGAAGAGAGAAGCAAGACAUAAUCAUGGCUGACAACAGCACGCUGGUGUCUGAGACUGGGAGGAGCCUCUUGGCUGAUUCUUCUGUUCUUGAUUCAAAAAUUAUAGAAACCUCCAAAGACAAUGUGUUUCCUGGGUCUGUUUUGGAUGUUGAAGAAGAAAUGCCUCAAAUAGAAACAAGAGUGGUUUUGGUUCAGGAAGCAGGGAAAUGUGAGGAGCUUCUGAAAGCCUUGGAGAGCAUUAAGAUAAUGGAAGUACCUGUUAUAAAGAUAAAGAAAACUAGUCCUGAUAAAUCAGAAGAAAAAUUAAUAAAAAGUAUUAUCCAUAUGGAAAUUAAAGUGCCCUAUAUAAAGACAGACACAAUAGAAGAGCUUGGAGAUUCUGAUUCCCCAGAGUUUGAGACUGUCUUCGUUGUAUCAGACUUCCAGGAUUCCAUCUUUCCCAACCUUUGCAAAGCCGACUGCCGUGUCAUUGGACCGCCGGUCGUAUUGCACUGUGCACAGAAGGGAGAGCCUUUACCUUUCUCCUGUCGUCCACUGUACUGUGCGAGUAUGUUGAACUUGGUACUGUGCUUUACAGGAUUCAGAAAGAAAGAAGAAUUAGUUAAGCUGGUGACCUUGGUUCAUCAUAUGGGUGGAAUUAUUCGAAGGGACUUCAGCUCAAAAGUUACACACCUGGUGGCGAACUCAACACAUGGAGACAAAUUCAGAAUUGCUGUAAGCCUUGGUGUUCCUAUCAUGAAAACUGAAUGGAUUUAUAAGGCCUGGGAGAAAAGAAAUGAAAUUGAUUUCUGUGCGGCCGAUGAUGACUUUAGAAGUCGGUUCAAGGUUCCUCCCUUCCAAGAUUGCAUGUUAAGUUUCCUGGGAUUCUCUGAUGAUGAGAAAGCUAACAUGGAAGAAAUGACAGAAAUGCAAGGAGGACAUUAUUUACCUGUUGGUGAUGAAAGAUGUACACACUUAGUGGUUGAAGAAAGUACAGUAAAAGAUCUUCCAUUUGAACCUUUAGGAAAACUUUAUGUUGUAAAGCAAGAGUGGUUUUGGGGAAGCAUUCAAAUGGAUGCCAGAGCUGGAGAGUCCAUGUAUUUAUUUGAGAAGUCAGAGAGUCCUGACUUCAAGAAGUCUGUGUCUCUGCUUUCCCUGAACACUCCAAACAGCAACCGCAAAAGGCGCCGUUUGAAGGAGACUCUUGCACAGCUGACCAGGGAAACAGACGUGUCCCCGUUCCCUCCCCGGAAACGCCCCUCAGCUGAACACUCACUCUCCAUUGGGUCCUUGCUGGAUAUUUCCAACACUCCAGAGUCGGGCACUACCAAUGGAGAAACACCAAAAUCCUGUGCAAGGCCUUCCAAAAACUCAACUCCUCUUCCACUAAAGCAGUCUGCAAGAUGGCAGGUUGCAAAGGAAUUGUAUCAGACAGAAAGUAACUAUGUUGAUAUUCUAACAACAAUCAUUCAGUUAUUUCAAGUUCCGUUGGAGAAGGAAGGACAACUUGGGGGACCAAUCCUUGCACAGGAAGAGAUUAAGACCAUAUUCGGCAGCAUUCCAGAUAUUCUUGAUGUGCACACUAAAAUCAAGGAAGACCUGGAAGAUCUUAUGAUAAAUUGGACUGAAAGCAAAAGUAUCGGUGAUAUCAUUCUUAAAUAUUCAAAAGACUUGUUGAAAACAUACCCUCCAUUUGUGAAUUUCUUUGAAAUGAGCAAAGAGACUAUUACAAGAUGUGAAAAGCAGAAGCCAAGGUUUCAUGCCUUUCUAAAGAUAAAUCAAGCUAAACCUGAGUGUGGCCGCCAAAGUCUAGCUGAACUCCUUAUCCGUCCUGUUCAAAGGCUGCCCAGUGUUGCUCUACUACUAAAUGAUAUUAAGAAACAUACAGCAGAAGAGAACCCAGAUAAAAUAACUCUAGAGAGAGCUAUUGAAUCAUUAAAGGAAGUGAUGACGCAUAUUAAUGAAGACAAAAGAAAAACAGAGGCACAAAGGCAGUUCUUUGACGUUGUUUAUGAAGUUGAUGGAUGUCCUGCCAAUCUCUUGUCCUCUCACCGAAGCUUAGUUCAGCGUUUGGAAACCAUAGCACUUGGUGAUGACCUCUGUGACAGGGGAGAACAGGUCACACUCUUUCUGUUCAAUGACUGCCUAGAGAUCGCGAGGAAACGGCAUAAAGUCAUUGGAGCUUUCAAGAGUCCACAUGGCCACACAAGGCCUCCUGCAUCUCUCAAGCAUGUUGUUCUCAUGCCCCUCUCCCAGAUCAAGAAGGUCCUGGACAUUAGAGAGACGGAAGACUGCCAGAAAGCUUUUGCCUUGGUUGUGCGGCCACCUACAGAACUCAACAACAAGCUGCUCAGUUUCCAGAUGACAACUGAAGAACCUCGCAAGGAGGACUGGCUGAAGACGUUGUGUCGGCACGUGGCCAACACUAUUUGCAAAGCAGAUGCAGAAAAUCUCAUUUACACUGCUGACCCUGACUCAGUUGAAGUAAAUACUAAAGAUAUGGACAGUACUUUGAGCAGAGCAUCCAGGGCAAUAAAGAAAACAUCCAAAAAGGUUACAAGAGCGUUCUCUUUCUCAAAAACACCUAAGCGAGCUCUCCGAAGGGCUUUGAUGUCCCACAGUGCCACAGAGGGAAGGAGUCCCAGCUCAGCUAACGAGGGUUACAUCGGCAGCCGCCUGACGAGCACGUCGUCGUUAGCGAUUGCUCGUUCAUCUUCUACGUGCAGCCUAAAUGGAUCUGUCAAAUGUGCUGUUCAUGUUCAUCGCUCCAAUUCUGUUGAUUGGAGCUCUCAAAAUUCCAAGCCUCGACCUGUGCUGUGUCCUGGCUCUCCAAAUAUUCAUCUUUCAAAUGCUGCACAAGAAAAAGCCUCUUCCAACUUGGAAAGCUUAAAUGGCCAUGCCUUGGACAGACGAUGUCCUAUCCCCAUUAUUACUACCACUUGUGCUGAUGCUGGAGAUAAUAACCAGUAUGGUGCUGAAAAAUUGUGUACGUCAGAUCCUGACUGAAGUGAGCAAGAGAUCUUGAUUCCUCUAAAUUAAGAGAGCACGGUACAGUUGUAGAACUCUGGAAGCCACAGGGUGCUUUAAAUGGUGUUGGGCUCUUCUCUGACACGUCCUAAUGCACAUGGUUGGAGUCAACACUCACACGUGGUGUAAUUCUCUUUU